UUGAUGACGUCAGCACAAGUCAGCCCCAGGAAUGAAUAGUAGCGGUAAAGGCAGGAUCUGACUCAACCUUUCAGGCGAAAAUCGCCGACGUUUUCCUCUUCUUUUUGACGUUUUAUGGGUUCCUGACCAAGCUACAAGCCAUGGCCAGAGAUACAGAAGUGAGCUGCUUGGUCAAGUACCUGGUUUUUGGCUUCAACGUGAUAUUUUGGUUGGCAGGAGGCUUCAUUCUGGGCAUAGGACUCUGGGCAUGGUUUGAAAAGGGCACGUUUGACAACAUUGCGAAGGUGGCCAAUGUCCCCGUGGACCCUGUGCUGAUCUUCGUGGUGGUCGGUGCCAUCAUGUUCAUCCUGGGCUUCUCCGGCUGCGUCGGGGCGCUCAGGGAAAACAUCAUCCUGCUCAGAUUUUUUUCUGUGGUUCUCGGCAUCAUCUUUUUUGUGGAGUUGGCUGUGGGCGUGUUGGGCUUUGUGUACAAGGACUGGUUCAGGCAGCAGCUGGACAACUUCAUCCAGGCAAACAUCAUCCACUACAGGGAUGACCCUGACCUGCAGAACAUCAUUGACUUUGUCCAGUCCUAUUUCCAGUGCUGUGGUGGGGAGGACUACAAUGACUGGGAGAACAACAUCUAUUUCAACUGCACACUGAAGGAGUCCCGCGGGUCCAGAGAAGCCUGCGGCGUUCCUUUCUCGUGCUGCAAGGACCAAGGGAACAACAACGUCCUCAACACCCAGUGUGGAUAUGACGUCAGGGAAGAAGAAAUAAACCCGAGUGCACGAGCCUUAGCCAUCUACACAAAAGGUUGUGUGCCUCAGUUUGAGGCCUGGCUGCAAGAGAAUUUGUUUGUGGUGGCAGGAGUGGCCAUUGGAAUAGCACUGUUACAGGUGUUUGGUAUUUACCUGGCCAACAGCCUGGUCAGCGAUAUUCAGGCCAUUCAGGCCCUCUGGUAACCCCCAUGCACAGCUUUCCAGGGCGGGGCGGAUCCUGGGAAUCUGUUUUGCAAACAGCCUCAUCAGCGACAUCCAGGCACAGAAGUCGCGCUGGCAGUUCCGCAGGUAGACCGUUAGGGUCACAGGUCACCACAACGACCCCACCAUCCAACCAACCUCUGGAAGAGACCAUUGCAUCAGGGGGGUGUAAAAGGAUCUACUUUUAUGUGAUCAUUGUGUAAAAAAGUUUCAAUAAGGAUCAGUGUAUGUAUCUCAAUAAAUUUGACAUUUUUGGCCAGCAAUGUGUGGCUUGAACCCUAAAAUUGUGGAGAGCCUAAACAGAUUAUGGUUUAAAUAUGCUGCCCCAUUUCUGAGUAACACAAGAUGUUGGAAAUGUUACAGUGUCUUACUUUACAAAAACAUUCUGAAAGUAUUGCAAUGCUCUCCUCACUAAAAACUGUUAUUAGGGGUAAAACUCUUCUACCAGUACCUGUUUCAUUUUUCUGAAGUUGAAUGAGCCACAACAGAAUUUUAGAUGCUUUAUCUUACCAAGGAGUUCCUUACUUAACCUCCUUGAUCUUACAUUGGCGUGCUUACCAUAAAUCAAAUUGUAGUCAAGCACAAGACCAUGAACAUUUAACCUCAAGGGAAAUAUGUACUACUUUUUGGCCUUAUUUCUCCAACUGUUUCAUUUUUCUGUACCUAGACUUUUGAUCACACAAAGGCUCAACAACUUGGCAAUUUUGAACACAUUUCCAGAUGAAACCUGAUUAAGGUGUAGCAAAAUGAAAGAUGAUGUCAUUAUGCAGAUGAAAGAUUUUUAUCACUAAGGCCAUGUUGUUUUGAUUAUACAUUGUAUGGAUGACAUCCUCUGGGAAUCCCAAAAGUGAUGUGUGACAAGUAAAAAAAAAGUUGUCUUCAUUAGGACAUCUGGGUGGUUAGGAGAGUGUGGUAUGGCAUACGGUACAAUUUUGUUCUUUCACAUCUUCUUCUUUGACUUUGGCAUUCUACGACAUUAGUAUUCAUGUUCAUUUUUUUCAACUUACAGCAAAGUGCAACAGCUUUGUAUGACUUACUGUUUGGUUGAAAACUUUUAUCGCAAACAGAUGAAACUGAUGCACACGUGGAUGUCAUCCAUAUGAUCGAUUCAAAAUACUGUAGCUGAUAUCCAUGGUAGAUGUGUUUAAAUAUGCAUCAAUUUGUACAUCUUUUAUUACUAGUCAAAAGAGCAUUAUUCCACAUAGAAAAAAGUUGUUUUAUUUCAAGGGCAAAUUUGUUUAGAGUUGCAAAGAUUUUACCAUAAAAAGAAGGCUGCCUGUAAGAUAUCUAGAACCAAUCUAAUUUGUUUUAGUUAUCUCAUUUGAGUGCCAGGGAGAAAGCAAACAGUUUUCUGUCUUAAGGCCACACCAAUUUUAUUUCUUGGUUCUCGGAUUUUUUCAGAAAAAUAUUGG